CGCGCGUGCAAGGAAGGGCCGUUUUUACGACACCAGCCUCCAACGACUGCGAUACUCUGCUCAGUUUAAUCCGUUUCGAUACGGAUAUUCAAAAACCGGAAGCCAAAGCAAACUCCAGCGUCUGCAUUAUCCUUGAUUGAUUGUGGAAGUGCAAAAAAAGGAAGCAAAAUAAGUUCUGCUCCGGUUGUUACCCGAUACGGCCAGCGUAAGAGGGUGGGUGUGCAGUGUUUCGUUAUUGUAGUGGUGAAGGCAGGAAGAAAAAAAUCCAGCAAAAAGAAAAACCCGGUUUACUGUUUGUGAAAAAAGCAAAGUGAGAAAGGAAAAAAGAGGGUGAGAAUGAGAGAGAGUGAGUAGUCGGAAAAUACCGACACCGGAUGUUCCGGCGAUGUGAAAAGCAACAGGAGGCUGUUGGGCGAAAAGGAAAGAAACAGCAUCCUUCUGCCACGCCGUCCAGAUAACCUUCUGCGUUUGUGUAUGUGUGUGAUGAAUUAUUCUUAUUAUUUCACCAACGGAAGUACUACAGGUAUUCCCUCGAAGUGAGUAAAAGAUUUUCCCCAAAGCCGUGUGUGUGAGUGUGAAAGAGUUGAAUCUGUGAUGAAGAAGUGGAAAAAGUGAUUCAAAGCGAGAGAAAAAUGAAACCACCACUUCUUGUGUAGUCUCGGCGCAGUAUACGGAGCAAAAGAAAAUGGUUGCCUAGGAUUCCAUCAGUGUUUCCGAUUCCAGCAAAUGCAACGUGAGCCUAGGCGAAGUUGCUUCAGCAUGGUUUCGUAAAGCAGCCCCUAGUCGGUAAGGCACUGCGAUUUGAGUAACCCCGUGUAGGAAAUCAACAAGUGGGAACACCUUUAUUCGCUUUUUUUCUACAUCAACCGGCAUUUGGGAGACUUGCCGGAGACGGAGAUUUAACGGCGCGUGUGUGCUUUGUGACUUUGAGGAAGAUAGUGAUCGUGAGCCGAUAGUGUAUUGGUGAGAUGGUGGUGAAAUACGAGCUGAGCUAGUAUUAUAGUGGGUGACGUAAGUUGCAAACGCAGUGUUUUGUGUUGCGUUUAGGUGGCGCUAGUUUGAAAAGCAGUUCCCAUCUGGUCCAAGUUUUUUGGCGAAUAGUGGAGUUUUCAACGAAAAAAAAAGUUCUCUGUGGUAUAUGUACGAAAGUGUCCUUGCUGUUGUGGUAUGGUUAGUGCAAAAAGAGCUGUCAGUGAUUUGCCGGAGAAGGAAGCAUUAAUCUAACGAAGAAAUUGAAUCAAAGAUUAGCGACCCAAUUCACUGUAUAGCCUCAGCCCAUCCAAAGCAUGGCAUUUCGAUCUGAUGAUAUUUGGUGUCAACAAUUGGAACAUUCACUUCCGUGCUAUCUGUUUGCGAACGUAACCUAAUCAAGAGACAUAAAGAAAUCCCUUGACCACAUACGAAGCACAGACAAUUAAACACAACCCGUUUCGAACAGUGUUGGAAGUAGCCGCAGAGAUCCUGAAUGUGAAGCGUCAUUACUUCGCUAAGGAUACGUAUUGUUUUAUUUUUUUAGGAGCUUAAGAAAAUCAAUCAGCGGGAUCCGCGUUCUGACUCAGUCAUUACGAUCGGUGGUUGUCAUUUAGCGUAACAGAGUAUUCCAGACUAUUUUCUUCGGUGAGCGUGGGUUUACAGACCGGCAAAAAGAUUGAGGAACUAAAGCACAACCCCGCCCGGGGGACCCUGUUCGACGAGGUGGAGGGUUACGGCGGGUCGAUCGAUCUCGAUCACCAUCAUCAUCACCAUCACCAUCAUCACCACCAUCAUACGGAUUCGAACUCGGCCAUGGACGAAGAUCCCGACGACAAGGAUGACACGAAACGAAAAUCUCGCAAUCUCAGUGAGAAGAAACGGCGCGAUCAGUUUAAUCUGCUGGUCAACGAGCUCAGCUCGAUGGUGUCGUCCAACAGUAGAAAGAUGGACAAGUCAACCGUGCUGAAAUCAACGAUCGCGUUCCUCAAGAGCCAUAACGAGAUUGCGGUCCGUUCCCGGGUGCACGAGAUUCAAACGGACUGGAAACCAUCGUUCCUAUCGAAUGAGGAGUUUACCCACCUUAUUCUGGAAGCGCUGGAUGGGUUCAUCAUCGUGUUCUCCUCUACGGGGAGAGUAUUUUACGCAUCUGAAAGUAUUACCUCGCUGUUAGGGCAUUUACCGAGUGACCUCCUGAAUAUGACGGUUUACGAUAUGGUGUACGAAGACGAUCAGAACGAUCUGUACAAUAUAUUGCUAAACCCGACAACCGUGGUAGAUCCCCUGCAGACAGGCAUUAGUCGCGAGAAUCAGGUGACGUUUUCCUGCUACAUUAAGCGAGGAACGGUGGAUUACCGGGCAGAUGUGUCGUACGAGCAUGUGCAGUUCACUGGAUAUUUCCGAAGUGACGUCGACACGGAAUCUCUCAUGACGACGUCCCGGUUUAGUGGCUACACGAGCGAUGCCGACUCGCGGCUAGUGUUCGUCGGCACGGGACGGCUACAGACACCUCAGCUCAUUCGCGAAAUGUCGAUCGUGGACAACACGAAGAGUGAGUUCACAUCCCGCCACAGUCUCGAGUGGAAGUUCCUGUUUCUCGAUCACCGUGCGCCACCCAUCAUCGGUUACCUCCCGUUUGAAGUGCUGGGAACUUCCGGGUAUGACUAUUAUCAUUUUGACGAUCUGGAAAAGGUGGUGGCUUGUCAUGAAGCAUUGAUGCAGAAGGGCGAAGGUACAUCGUGCUACUAUCGGUUUCUUACCAAGGGCCAGCAGUGGAUCUGGUUGCAGACGCGGUUCUACAUCACCUACCAUCAGUGGAACUCGAAGCCAGAGUUCGUCGUGUGUACGCAUCGAGUGGUAAGCUACGCGGAUGUUAUGAAGCAGAUGCGCAACCAGACGGGCGGUGACAGCAAGUUCUCUGAGGAUGCGGACAGUAUCAGCGUCCACGGUGUGGAGCGAAAGUUCCAACAAUCGUCCUCCCAAAGUUUGCUGGCUACCUCGCCUUGGAGUUCGAAGAGUUCCCGUACGUCACGGGUAGCUCCAACGCCCGGCGUUUCUCCAACAGGACUAUCGAACCGUGGGCGACAUCGGUACAAUACGUACCAUGGUCCGGGAUCGGAUUCGGCCACGUCCAUAUCUACGGAAUCUCAUACCAGCCGUCAGUCGUUGGUAACGCAACAUUCGCGUUCUCGCAUGCGUACCAGUACAUUUCCAUCGAAGGUAUCAUCGCACGGUAGUCAACAGGAUAGGAAUUCUGUGUCCCAUUUCCUGCUACAACAACCGCAGCAAUCGCAACCGAACGUGGGACAUCAUUUACAGCCCGCACAGCUUCAGCAACAGCAACAUCAACUCCAACAGCAACAGCAUCAACUCCAGCAUCAGCAACAACUUCAUCAACAAUCCCACCCACUGAUGCAGCAGCAUCAACAAAUGCAGGGACACCAGGCGCAGCAGCAGCAGCAGCAUCAACCGCUACAACAACAGCAAACACAGCACCCAACGAUGAUACAAAACCCACCGGUGGUUGACGUUUAUCCGCAUCAACUCCAAGCCCAGCACCACCCCCAUCAGCAACCGUCUCAACAACAGGUACAUCAACAGCAGCAACAGGUAGCUUCUCUUCAGCAACAGCAGUCAGCUGUGCAACAGCAGCAACAUCAGCAGCAGCAGCAACAACAACAGCAAUCCAUUCCACAAUCGUCAAGCACAGCAGCGAUACGACCGCCGGCCACGAUCAUCACCCCACCGGUAACGCAAAUCAUCACUGCGACCGGUUUUAUCGAACCGCAACAGUAUUUGACGGCCAUACCGGUACAAUCGGUAGCUGGCUUUACGGAAACCGCGCCCGGUGUCCUUUCGCCGAUUCAGUCCACCUCCCCGCACGGUGCGUACGCUGUUGCACAUCAUCCUGCAGUGACUGGGACGGGCGGUGUCGUUCUGACGCCCAGUCAAAACCAAGUGCAGGAUCAGCUGCAGCGGAAACACGAGGAGCUGCAACAUUUGAUACUGCAACAGCAGGAAGAGUUGCGUCGCGUACAGGAGCAACUACUUAUGGCCCGGUAUGGGUUGCUACCGUCCAUCGUAUCGCUCCCCUUUCCGCCCGGAACGGGUAGCGCACCAGGACCAGGGCCAAGUGUAGGACCGGGAGAUCGUUGCAAUAGCGGAGGUUCGUUUCUACAAGCACAUCACCAGGCAGCACAUGGAAACUCGUUCCAUCAUCACCAUUACCAUCCAGCUUCAUCACAGGCACAGCAUCCUCCUAGUCAUUCGGGAGUGCUCCAUGCACAACAGUCACAACAUCAACAGCAGCUUGUCCAAGAACAACAACAGCAACAACAGCUGUGCGUAGUUCCUCCGGAUCAGAAGCCAAUUUUACAUCCCGAUCCGGAGCAGCUCAAUUUCACCGACACUGGACAGGGCAAGCUGGCAGAGUCGAAUGAGAUGAUAUCGUACAUGCAGCUUACACCUGUACCACUGCAUCAUCUGCAGCAACACCAAUCAAACCAAUCGUCCACAUCAACACCCGCCUCAUCCGUCCUAAAUCAACAGCAAAAGCACCAACAGCAGCACCAGCAGCAGCAGCAGCAGCUCAUGCAGAUGGGUGCCCAACCAGACGGUGCAACGGGAACCAGUGGGAACGGCAGCAACCCCAACAAUAUGGGUCUGCUGCAGUAUCAGAUGGCGCAGGAGCAGGCGCAAAUAUUGUUUACCUCCGGCAUGGAACAACAACAGGGUCAGCAACAGCAACAACCGUCAGCCCAGCAGCAGCAACAUCAGGGGGCAAGUAGUUCCGAUGCCGGAUCACGGACCUGUCCCUCGCAAACUAGUGAAAUGUAGGGCGGCGCAGAGUAGGAGAAACAGAUUUCAUCUACACACAACGAGCUUAAUAACAACGAAACAACUAGUGAUGGGGUUGAAGAUGUGACGGGUCCGUGAGGUUUAGGUUACAAAAGGUGAUGAAAUCACCAGGCAUGUGUAGCGUAAUACGAAGUAAUUUUGUAUGAAUAUGUAAAUGACGAGGUUUCAGCUUGUCCAGCAACCAAAGAAGAAUUAUUCCAUAGUGCAGAUUAGCGUUUAUAUAUUGCAAACUGUACAACUAUAGUAGCUACUAGCCCUUAUUGAGCCAUUGUACUAAUUAGCUUAUGUGUAAGUAAGUAGAGAAAAGCGAUAGUUUCCUCUCUCGGGGAAGAGAGAUAGAGAGAGAGA